UUCUCACAUGUAGCUUUUGAAAUUUAUUAUUUAUAUUUUUAGCAGAGAUUGACUUGUCUCUGAGUUUUAGUGUUUAAAUACAAGUAUCACCUCAGUUUGUGCAAUUUAUACUUGGGUAUCCCAACAUAUUGUGUGUGCUUUUGGAAGAAUAUACUUUGGUUAUAUUCUUGUAUUUAUUAAAACAAGACAGUGUAUUAAUAUCUCAAUAUGUCUAACAGAAAUUUACCAUCGGCAAAAAUCUCACCAGAAGAAGACUUUUAUGACGAUGAUAUUGAAGAUUACCGUGAUGUGGGUGAUGACUAUGACGAAGAUGUGACAUCUCAAUCCAACGUAAAAUCAUAUCAACCAAGAGAUAAUAUACUCUCAAAAUAUUCCAAUAAAAUGAAUUUUGAUCUAUUGACCUAUGAUCAACAAGGUGCUUCACGCAAUAUACUGAAAGAACAGGAUAAAAAGGAAAAUGAUGAAAGAUUCAGGUUGAAGGACAAAAAAGACAGAGCUACUAGGGAGCAAGUUUUGGAUUCUAACACAGAUGCUAUUAUUCGUUCACUUUUACGAAAAAAUACCAUAAGUAGUAUUGACGGUUGCAUUUCAACUGGGAAAGAAGCUAAUGUCUACUAUGCUUCUAAAGAUACCAAAGAAUAUGCAGUAAAGAUUUACAAAACAUCCAUUUUAACAUUCAAAGACAGAGACAAGUAUGUUUCUGGUGAAUUCAGAUUCAGAAAUGGAUAUGCUAAAAGUAAUCCAAGAAAAAUGGUUAGACUUUGGGCAGAGAAAGAGAUGAGAAAUUUGAAAAGGCUUUAUGACAAUGGCUUGAAUGCUCCUGAGCCAAUUGAACUCAAGUUACAUGUUCUUGUAAUGGAUUUCAUUGGGGAGCGAGAGAAGCCUGCUCCGAAACUCAAAGAUGUAGAACUCAACCAGUCAAAAGCUAGGCAAUUAUACAGAGAUAUUGUUAUUAUGAUGUGGAAAAUGUACAAUAAGUGUAAAUUGGUUCAUGGAGAUUUGUCAGAGUUUAACAUAUUAUAUUUCAAGGGAGAGGCAUAUAUUAUUGAUGUUUCUCAAAGUGUAGAACAUGAUAAUGGUAUGGCACUUCAAUUCCUAAGGCAGGAUUGUGCAAAUGUUUCAAAAUUUUUCAAGAAAAAUGGUGUAGCCACAAUGAGUUUGAAAGAUAUGUUCAAUUUUAUCACAGAUGCUAAUAUAACUGAAAAAAAUUUAGAAGAAUGUUUGGAUGCACUGUCCGAAAAGGCAGCUAAUACUGAACUUACAGUAGAAGAACAGAUUGAGGAAGAGGCAUUCAAAGAACAGUAUAUUCCAAAACGACUGAACGAAGUUAAAAAUUAUGAGAGGGAUAUCAAUAAUAUUAAAUCUGGAGAAGUCGAUCAAUUGAUAUAUCAACAAAUUGUUGGGCUCAAAUCAGAUCUCAGUGGAGUAGCAUCAAAACCAGAAAUAUUGAAGAAAGAAAUAACAGAUGGUGAAAGUGAUUCAUGUUCUGAUGAAGACGAAGAAUCUGAACAAAAGAAAUCACUUUUUAAAGAUAGUUCAAGACCGAAGGACGAAACGUCAGAAGAAAAGAAAGCAAGGAAAAAAGCAGUCAAGGAAGCACAAGCCGAUAAACGCAAAUCCAAAAUAAAGAAACAUAUUAAGAAGAGACUUGUAAAAGGGAAUAAUAAAUAAUUAUAUUGGCAAUGUGUCAAUUUUUGUAUUUGUAUAUAGAAAAAAUUACAUUUAGAGAAAAUAUAAUUUUAAUUCUUUAUUGAUGAUGAUAUUUUUAUAGGAAAUAUAAAAUCUGAAUUCAA